UCAGAAUAUCUCAGGUACACAUACAUUUCAUCAAGACUAAUUAUUUACAUAAUAUGAAUUUGGAAAAAAAAUGUAACAGAAAACUGACAACAGUUAUGCAGCAAACUAAACACAAUUCCAGUAAAGGUUAAAGUUUAGACUGGAGGCAAUCGUCAAACUGUGAAAACAUUUACAACCAAUUUAAUGAUGGUGAUUACAAAUCAUUAAAAGACCACAAACAAGAUUCAGACCAUUCCAAAAAUAGAAAAAUGCACAACAGUUAGCUCAACAGCCAAAUCAAAUUCCACAUUACACAAUAUAUAGGCCUACAGCUGCUUCGUGUGUGUGUAUACAUCGGCAGCACAUCCUCUUUAAGUUCAUAGACGUCUUUGGACUUUCUGCUCCAUAUCAGAGAGCUUUGAUUUACACCUGUUGGAUCACUUGAGUAUUUCUAUUUAGGCUUCAUACUCCACUACAUUUUGAGGGGCACCUGUAUGUAUAGACUGUCCUUUUUAAUCCACUACAUUAAUUUUAUAACUUAAAUUAUUUAGUUGCAUAUUUAGAUUGUUAGCACAAACAAUAAAUCAACAAAUAAAUGAUUAUAUAUUAUCAUAGUUUAAGCUACCCAGCAGUAUAUAAAGUAAUUAAAAUUUGCUUUGACUUUACCAGCUGCAACAUUAAAGUUAUGAACAAAUUCAAAUAUCCCUAAUUAUAAUCCAGUGAUGUAAUGUUAUCAUUCUGAAAUGAGACAUUCUGCAUAAUGAGUACUUUUAAUUACGGUAUUUAAGUUAAUAAAUGUUGUUGUUGAAUUCAGGCUUUUAAUUGCAGUAUUUGUACACAGUAGUAUUGCUGAAUUAAAUACUUUAUGUGGCGUCACAACCAGGAGAAAACGAUUUUUAAUAAUUUUAAUUUUUUCAUACUUAUUUUUAAAGUAAAACUUAAAGGUCACAUUACUAUCUUUAUGUUUCAUAAUCUAGAAUAUAAUAAGCAUCAUUAUCUAAUCCUUUUACUGCAUUUACCGAUGACCGAUAUUGUUGAAGCAAAAUUUAUGGCGCACAAACUGAGGAGGUCAGCGGUGCGCCGUCGCACGAAGACAAAAAAAGACGAAGAAGAAGUUCGAUUGACUCGUUAGUUGUCUACUUCAGUCUGUUUAAUGUACUUCCGGUUUCAAAGUCCAGCUGGUAACGGACCAGAAAAAGAUGAUAGUGGAGAUGUUGUGCAAGAGAUUCACAAAGUUUUUUGUUUUGUACUGCGUCGUGAGUGUUUGAGUAGCAGACAGACAUGCAGCCGUCUGUGGAGUCUCUGGUCCGACUGCUGGAGUCAUACAGAGGAAGAGAUAAAGUUAUUCGGACGGUCUGUUAUGGCUCACAGCUGGUCGGAGGAGUUCUUUCCCAGAAGGUAGAAACCGAUGUUUCGUCCCAUCGGCUCGGGAAACGUCUGCUGCUGUUUUCUGCUCAGCUCAGCCACUGCAGGACGGUGCUGAGGCUGUUUGAUGAUCUUUCCAUGCUGGCUUACUCUCACAGCUAUGGGCUUGGAGGCGGGGAGGAGGAUGCAGGCGUGCGCUUGGUAUCGCUGCUGACCAACGUAGCCGACCAGCUGUACUACCCCUGUGAACACAUUGCGUGGGCUGCUGACGCUGAGCUCAUCAAAGGGAAGUCUGAUAAGUGGUGGCUGCUCAGCACGGUGCUGUGGGGAACCUCGCUGCUGCUGGGAAUACUCAGAUCACUCCGAGUUUUGCUGCUCCUGAAGAAGAAGCUGAAGAGAUAUGAGAGGGGUGGAGGUGGCAACAGCCGCUCUCAGCUCCGCAGACAGAUGCAAAGGGAGGUACUCUCCAUCCUCAGCAGCAUGGCUGACCUCUGUAAUGCCAUUCAUUGGAUGCCGCCCGGCUUCCUGUGGGCUGGACGAUUCCCCAACUGGCUGGUGGGGCUGAUGGGCACCAUCUCGUCACUGAUUGGUUUAAUCCAGGUGAACGCUGGAGACAGUGACGAGACAGACAGUCCAUAGUCUUUACCUCUCGUGAGGAAUAGAUCAGGUGCUUUGACUAAAUGACUGAUAUGUACUUGUGGAAAAUGCUGAGUGAAAGAAUGAGUAGCUGAUCUUUAAUGUGACUCCUGUCAGACUCUCUGUGAAGAUAUACUAACAUAAUAAUAAUCUGGACCUAAAACUGGAUGUAAAGUGAAUAAUCAAAGUAGACUUGUAGCCAAUCAUCAAAGUGCUUUAUCGGAUGGGAAUGAAAGCCUGAAAAAAAGUGGCAGAAAAUCUUAAA